GCGGGCGCGGGGUUGCAAGCUCCAGGGCCCUCGGCGCUGCUCCUUCGCCUCCAUCGCCGAAUCUGCUUGUUCACAUCUCGCCGCAGCCAACAGCCAGAGCCAAACACAUCAGCACCACGAACAUCUGACGCAAUGGGAAGCCUGGGACCGCUCUAUUUCAACACCGAGAAUGGAUAUCUCGAGGGCAUUCUCCGGGGUUUCAAAGCUGGCGUGCUGACCCAGAGCAACUACCUCAACUUGACUCAGUGCGAGACUCUGGAUGAUCUCAAGCUCCAGCUGGCAUCCACCGACUAUGGCAACUUUCUGCAAAACGAGCCUUCGCCCCUGGCCACUGCCACGAUCGCCGAGAAGGCCCGCGACAAGCUGGUCCAGGAGUUUGAGUAUCUGAGAAACAAUGCCGUCAGCCCGCUUGCCGACUUCCUGGACUACAUCACUUACGGCUACAUGAUCGACAAUGUCAUCCUCUUGAUCACCGGCACGAUCCACGAACGCGACACACAGGAGCUGCUUGAGCGAUGCCACCCGCUCGGCAUGUUUGACUCGAUCGCGGCGCUGUGCGUCGCCACCAAUGUCGCCGAGCUCUUCAACACCGUGUUGGUGGAGACGCCCAUCGCCCCUUACUUUGAAAAGUGCCUCUCGGCCGCGGAUUUGGAUGAUAUGAACAUCGAGAUCAUCCGAAACACCCUCUACAAGGCGUACCUGGAGGACUUUUACGGAUUCUGCCAGAGCCUUGGCGGAGCCACGGCGGAUGUUAUGAACGAGCUUUUGGAGUUCGAGGCGGACCGCCGUGUCAUCAACAUCACCAUCAACUCGUUCAAUACCGAGCUGUCGAAAGAUGACCGAUCCAAGCUUUUCCCAAGCCUUGGCAAGCUCUAUCCCGAGGGCCACACCAAGCUCGCUCGUGUCGACGACAUCGACCAAGUCCGGAUCAUCGUCGAAGCACACAUGGAGUACCGCCCAUUCUUUGACAUCCCUGUGGGAUCGGACAAGUCGCUGGAAGACAAAUUUUUCGAGCACGAGGUUCAUCUGAACAAGAAAUCGUUCGUGCAGCAGUUCCACUACGGCGUGUUCUAUUCGUACCUGAAGCUCAAGGAACAAGAGAUCCGCAACAUUGUCUGGAUUGCCGAGUGCAUCAGCCAGCACCAGAAGGAACGCAUCGCCAACUACAUCCCGCUAUUUUAGUCAGCUCGGAUCAAGGGAAGAUCGAGGAAGGAUCGAGAAAAGAUCGAAUGAGCAGGCUGAGCUGCCGUCGUUAUUUUGCUUUCUGGUGGUAUCAAGCCAUGGAUGUUGUUGUACAGGCUGUUCGGCACCAAACUGGACUGAGCCCCGUUUGCGUUUAUUGCGUUUUUUGCAGCAAUCAUUGCGUUCAGUACAGUGAUCUGCAGGCCCCGGUUGGCAGGCGUGUGAUUGUUACUCGUCCUGGUUGGUUUCGGGGGGCACAGUCUUGAAUACACCCGGUCGAUCUCCUGUGACGACGAUCGGCUGGCAUUGAUGUCUCGAUGCGGGAGUGCGGUGCAUUCAUUCAAC